AUGGCCACGCCCCCGGGAGCCGGUCCGGCGGCUCUACGUUUCGCAGCUGCAGCCACCUGGCAAGUAGUACGCGAACGGCGCGUGGAGCUAUUUCCUCGAGUACUGGAGUUUCUGCGAUUUCUGCGCUCUGCUGCCCCUGGCCUGGUUCGCUAUCGGCACCAUGAACGCCUAUGUAUGGGCCUAAAGGCCAAGGUGGUGGUUGAGUUGAUUCUGCAGAGGCGGCCUUGGGCGCAGGUCCUAAAUGCCCUGAAUCGCCACUUCCCAGAAUCUGAGCAUCUGGUGAGAAACCCUAAAGCUACAAAGCAGGAUUUGGUGAAGAUCUUGGAAGCACAGGAAACCUUUUGCCAGGAAGUUAAGCAGCUGUCAGAGGCCCCUGUGAAUUUGGCCUCAAAGCUGCAGGAAUUUGAACAAGAGUAUGGAGAACCGUUUCUGGCCGCCAUGGAAAAGCUGUUUUUCGAAUAUUUGUGUCGGCUGGAGAAAGCACUGCCUCCACUACAAACACAACAGCUUCAGGAUGUACUGACUUGGAUGCAGCCUGGAGUUUCUAUCACCUCUUCAUUUGCCUUGAGCCAAUAUGGUGUGGACAUGGGGUGGCCUCAUCCAGAGUGCUCCAUUACAAAUUCAGUGACCAUGCCACAGCCCAAGGAACUGAAUCAUCCUCAACAAUCAAGACUAGAAUUCUGCAAUUCUCUGUCAAAAGCCAAGCGUAGCCUUUAUGUUGCUCAGGAACCACAGUCUAGGAAGCAUCCAGAACCCUUGAUUGGCCAUCAUUUCAAUCUGGCCCCUAUAGGCCGACGAAGAGUCCAGUCUCGAUGGGCCUCCACUAGAGGAGAUAAGGAGCGACCUACAGUCAUGUUGUUCCCCUUUAGGAAUCUGGGCUCAUCAGCCCAGGGCAUAUCUAAGCCUGAAAGUAGAAGGCAACAUGGGACACACACAACAGAUCCAGUAGGCACUGUGGGCAAAAAGGCAGCCUCCAAUGGAAAGCCCAAAAGUCCAUCUCACACCUUGGAGGAAAGGGCUCUAAAGGAGAACCCAGUUGACUCAUCUGCCUCAGAGCAAAAAGAGUGA